GGAAGUCCUCGCUGCUGUUCUUGCACACACACACACACACACACGUACGGUUAUCCGCACAAAACAGGCUAAGAAAGCACACACACAAACAAACAUUAUAUUUCAGGACGUACACCGCGGUUCUUUAGAAAAGGCCGAAGGAGACCCAAACAAGGUGGGCUCACUGCUACCCGUGUGCCCUGGUAACGUGUUGCCAUGCCCUUCCCUUUCGGUAAGUCUCACAAGUGUCCAGCGGACAUUGUGAAGAAUCUAAAAGACAACAUGACCAUCCUGGAGAAGCAGGACAUUUCAGACAAGAAGGCUGAGAAGGCCUCUGAAGAGGUGUCCAAAUCUCUGCUGGCCAUGAAGGAGAUUCUCUAUGGCACGAAUGAAAAGGAGCCACAGACGGAAGCCGUGGCUCAGCUCGCUCAGGAGCUCUACAACAGCGGUCUGCUCAGCACCCUCGUCGCAGAUCUGCAGCUCAUCGACUUUGAGGGUAAGAAAGAUGUGGCACAGAUCUUUAAUAAUAUUCUGAGACGUCAGAUCGGCACACGGACACCUACCGUUGAAUACCUGUGCACUCAACAAAAUAUACUCUUCAUGCUGCUUAAAGGUUACGAGUCUCCAGAUAUCGCUCUGAACUGUGGGAUCAUGCUGAGGGAAUGCAUACGGCACGAGCCUCUGGCCAAGAUCACCCUCUGCUCCGAGCAAUUCUACGAUUUCUUCAGAUACGUGGAGAUGUCCACCUUCGACAUCGCCUCGGAUGCAUUUGCCACUUUUAAAGAUUUGCUGACGAGACACAAACUGCUCAGCGCUGAGUUUCUGGAGCAGCACUACGACCGAUUCUUUAGUGAAUAUGAGAAACUUCUUCACUCAGAAAACUAUGUGACUAAGAGGCAAUCGCUAAAGCUUUUGGGAGAGCUGCUUUUGGACAGGCACAACUUCACUAUAAUGACAAAGUACAUAAGCAAACCAGAGAACCUCAAACUCAUGAUGAACCUACUGAGAGACAAGAGCCGCAACAUCCAGUUUGAGGCCUUUCAUGUAUUUAAGGUGUUUGUGGCCAAUCCGAACAAGACCCAGCCCAUCCUCGACAUCCUGCUGAAGAACCAGACCAAACUAAUCGAGUUCCUCAGCAAGUUCCAGAACGACCGCACCGAGGACGAGCAGUUCAGCGACGAGAAGACCUAUCUCAUCAAACAGAUCCGGGACCUCAGGAGGCCAGCUCCGCAGGACGCUUGAGAAGGCUCACGAAUGUAUACGAAUGCACAGAAGGACGUCUAGACAGCGUUUUAGGCAGCGUCUGGACGAUGUUUGGCUCUCUGGGACGUUGAGUGGCCGCAGCGCUGGGCAUGUUUUUGUGUUUUGCAGGAACCGUUCAAUGCCGUUUGAGCUCGGUGAGAGCGAGAAAUAUGACGACGAGGAUGAAAAGUAGUCUUGCUUCGCUGGACAUUCAACCUCUCCCCCUACAAUGUUUUAUUCUCAUGUUUCAAAAAACGAGCAAAAUGAACAGAAAAGACGGAUGUAGAUGCUGCUGCUUUAUUGCACAUAAAGGAGGAGGGAUUUGUACCUCAUACACAAACAUACACUCAAAUGUCUGUUGAUGCUAAUUGGAUAUUAAUGAAUUCCAGAAAGCACUUAAACGCACUCCUGUCAGCUCUUUUGCUCAUUGUCAGCUAGGUGAAAAACUGCAAAUGUGACGCAUAAAUCUGAUCAUGCUUUGCACAUUUUGCUUCUUGUGGGUGAGUGAACUUGUACAUAGGCUUUUUCAUCUUUAUGGUCGCUAUCAGAUUCAUUUUCAGAGGCGGAAAUGGGUAAACGUGUUGACUGAGGAUGGUUAAGUGGAGUUGUGGCUGUGAUGUUGAUCUUGAUCUUGAUUUAACAAUGUCAUUCUACUCUCAUGAUUAGUCACUGCAGAGUGGGUGUAAUGGAAAGUUGACCUACCUGCUUUCUGUGAUUGUGACCUUAAGAUCUGUGCUCAGACACUGCUUAUUUUUAAUUUGCUAGUUUCAGUAUAGCUAACCCCAUUACUCAUACCUUUUAGCCUGUAUGUUAAAUUGUCCCCAGUUUGGAUAAUUGGAUGAGUUAAUGGGUUAAAUCUCACAAAGAAACUUGUCUAGGUCACAUUUCAGCCCAAAAUCCAAAGAAAAAUCUAUUUUAGGACAACAUUUCCCAACAUUCUGAAUCAUUUGUGUUUAAAUAAGUGUGUGUGUGAGUGUGUGUAUAUAUAUAUAUAUAUAU